GAGGUGAAAAACUCUCACAAAAUGAGAGGUGAAAACUACACAGAAAACCUAGAGAGUCUCUGCGGCUUAUUUCAAACAUGAAUAAACCGCAAAAAAAGGAUGGUGAUAAAGAUUAGAUUUAACACCGAAAUGCAAGUAGAGAUCUGACGCCGAGACAGGUAGAUCCUUGUUCUUUAAAAUUCAAAUCAAAUUAUAUGUUACUAUGUACACGGGCCAAUGGUAUCAAACAAAAAGUCGUGAAAGGAAAAACAAUAGGGGUUAAAUUGAAAAUUUGGGUAAAAUUAGGAGACAAGAUUGAAAUUUGCUUGCCCAUUUUUCCUGAAAGUGAAUUGCAAGCAAACUGCAAAACCAUGGCAAAAAGGAAGCGGCUAUGGCUCUGCCACGAGGUUGAAUUUACCAUAUAUUUACAUAAACGAAUUGAAUUGAUAAACCCCUCUGAACUCACUCCUUCACUCCAAUUCCAUGGCCAUGCCAACAGAAAAUUAAACAAUCACAAACAAAACAUCGAUUGAAAAUCAUCAAAUUCCAAAACCAAUGGACCACUACAAGGUUCUGGGGUUGCCAAGGAGCGCGAGCAAAGAAGAAAUCAAGGAAGCAUUCAGGAAACUGGCGGUGAAGCUGCACCCAGACAAGCACUCCCACUCCCCCAAGGCCGUGAGGGAGAGCACCACCCUCAGAUUCAAGCAGGUCUCCGAGGCCUACCAGGUCCUCAUCGACGAUCGCAAGCGCGCCGACUAUAAUUUCCGGAGCUCUCGCUCCCACAAUUACAAUGCAAAUACUAGUAAUUACAGCCAUGGUUAUGGUUAUGGUUAUAGUGCUACCAAUUAUGGAGGCAAGUACAGACGAGCCUCCUCUGGAGGCUCUGGAGCUUCCUCUGCGUUUGAGAAUGUGCUUCGCUAUGUCACGACGCGAGCGUUUCUUCUGAAUCUCUCCGUUGCAGGGGCUUUCUUAGGCGGCAUGGUCGUUGUUAAUAGGGGCUGGGAUGCUCUAUGGAAGAUGCAUAAUGCUGAGAAAUCAUUUGAAGAAACAAUGAGAUCCCUUGAAAGAUCCAAAGCACGUAAAGAGAAGCCAUAGAAGGUGGCCAUUAAACCUAGUUUGCCUUCUUCUUAUUGUACUUAGAAGUCCUCUUGGUCAAAUCACCACAUUUGUGUGCAGAUAAAAGCAAAAAGUUCUCAUUAGUUUAUGAGGACAGAGUAUGUCGCUUUAUAAGUUUUUUCUUGUGAAACAAUAAUGUAUUUGUUCAUGUACAUAAAAAAAUAAUUACAAUAAAUGGAACAUUUUAAGUA